UGAUCUUUCUCUCUCAUUGUCCAGUGUAAGAUCAGGAGGUCCCAGGAAAAGGGGCGUGUUGGCCUAACAUGAGUUCCUGUGAAGAAGAGGAGCAUGACUGUGAGCCUGUGGGCGCUGUGCAGCAGAACAGAGCACACUCUCCUGUACCGAGUUGUGUGUCCAUGAAGAGUGACCGGUCCAUGGAGCCACCAGGGACAUUUGCAGGAGGAGGUGUUCCUGCUGGUCAGAGCACCAUGCAGCAGAACAGAUCACUCUCUCCUGUACCCAGCUGUGUGUCCAUGAAGAGUGACAGGUCCAUGGAGCCACCAGGGACAUUUGCAGGAGGAGGUGUUCCUGGUCAGAGCCCAAAGGAGAAGAUGAGGUCCCACUCACCUACAGUCAGUGAUGAUUGGUCCAAAGAUUUUCCAAUCAACCCUAAAGGAAGAGACUCAUCUAUUGAAGUAUAUCAGCAAAUCCACAAAUAUCACCUGCAGAAGAAGUUUCAGUGUCUGAUUGAGGGAAUCACACAACAGGGAGACACCAGACUCCUCCAUGAGAUCUACACAGACCUCUACAUCACAGAGGGGGGAGGAGGAGAGGUCAAUGAUGAACAUGAGGUCAGACAGAUAGAGAGAGCAUCCUGGAGAGAAGCAGCACAAGGCAGACCAAUCAAAUGCAGUGACAUCUUUAAACGCUUACUGGAAGAGGAAAGAAGCAGAAAAGAACACUUCUUGGAAGAGGAAAAACGCAGAAAAGAUGAGGCAGAAAAGAAGGGCAGAAUCUUUAACCCCAAACAACACAAACCCCUCAGAACAGUGCUGACAAAGGGAGUGGCUGGCAUUGGAAAAACCGUCUCUGUGCAGAAGUUCAUUGUGGACUGGGCUGAAGGAACAGCUAAUCAGGAUAUCCACUUCAUAUUUCCUCUUCCUUUCCGGGAGCUGAACCUGAUGAAGGAGAAGAAACUCAGUCUGGUGGAUCUUAUUCAGCACUUUUUCCCAGAAAUCAAAGAUCCCAGAGUCUUCACCAGUUCAGCACACAGAGUCGUGUUCAUCUUUGAUGGUCUGGAUGAGUGUCGACUUCCUCUAGAUUUCUGCUCCAACCCAACCUGUUGUGAUGUGACAGAGCCAGCCUCAGUGGACGUGCUGCUGACAAACCUCAUCAAGGGGAAUCUGUUUCCUUCUGCUCUCCUCUGGAUCACCACCCGACCAGCAGCAGCCAAUCAGCUCCCUCAUAAGCCUCAUAAGUGUGUGGACCAGGUGACAGAAAUAAGGGGAUUUAACGACCCACAGAAAUAUGAGUACUUCAAGAAGAAAAUCAGUGAUGAGAACCUGUUCAGCAAAACCAUCACACACCUGAAGUCAUCCAGGAGUCUCUACAUCAUGUGCCACAUUCCAGUCUUCUGCUGGAUUUCAGCCACUGUUGUAGAGAAAACAUCAAAAGAAUCAGAAAAAGUAGAAAUGCCAAGGACUCUGACUCAAAUGUACACACACUUCCUGAUGAUGCAGACAGGCAUAAAACAUGUCAAGUACACAGAGAGAAAAGAGACAGAUAAAGAGGUGAUUUUCAAACUGGGGAAACUGGCUUUCCAGCAGCUGGAGAAAGGGUAUCUGAUCUUCUAUGAGGAAGACCUGAGAGAGUGUGGCAUUGACAUCACAGAAGCAUCGGUGUACUCAGGAGUGUGUACUCAGAUCUUCAGAGAGGAGGCUGGGCUGUACCAGGGGAAGAUGUUCAGCUUUGUGCAUCUGAGCAUCCAGGAGUUUCUUGCAGCUCUGUAUGUGUUCCUCUGUUUCAGCAACAGACAGAGAAACAUGCCUGACCAACAACAAACCUCUCAGCUCUCUGCUCUGUUCAGAGCUGCAACACUUUAUGCUCUACACAAGACUGCAGUGGACCUGGCCUUACAGAGUAAGAAUGGACAUCUGGACCUUUUCCUCCGCUUCCUUCUGGGCCUCUCGCUGGAGUCCAAUCAGAAUCUCUUAAAGCACCUACUGCCACAGAGUAGCAGCCAAUCAGAUAGCUCAGAGCAAACAGUGCAGUAUGUCAAACAGAAGAUCAGAGAUCAGAGUAGCUCAGACAGAAGGAUCAACCUGUUCUACUGUCUGAAUGAGCUGAAUCACCAUGCUGUAGUGGAACACAAAGAGAGCUCAGUAGAUCUGCAUGUAGAGAUGCUCUUACCAGGACAGUGGAAGACUCGGACAUUUAAGUUUCAGGUGUCAGAGGAGCAGCUGCCUCAGUUUGACCUGCAGAGGUACAUUAAGACUCCAGAGGAAGAUCAGACUGAACUCCUCAGUCCAGAUGAAGUUCUUCAGAAGGUGCUGCCAGGAGUCAAAUCAGCUCUCCUGGCUUUCUGUAAUCUGACUAAGAAGAGCUGCUCCUAUCUGGCCUCUGCCCUGACCACACACUCCUCAAGUCUCAGACUGCUGGACCUGACUGACAAUAAGCUGCUGGACUCAGGAGUGGAACUUUUAUGUUCUGCGCUUUGUCAUCAAAACUGCAAACUGGAGGAACUAGACCUGUCUAG